AUGACAAAAGUCGCAGAACCAAGCAACAUCUUCGACCUCCAUGCGUCUUUCCCUUUUGCUUUAUACGAGCCAAAUACCAGAAAUAGAGCACUAGAGUCGCAAAUCCCGUCUUGCUUGUCUUGCUGCUUGCUCCAAAAGAGAUCAUGGUUGCGAAAUCUGUCCCAGACUUUCUUGUAUUUUGUUUGCCCGUCACUGACUCAGCCUGUCUCAGGAGGCUUUUCCUUGGUGUCACUAAAACUUCGUCAGAAAACAAGGGAGAUGGACAGAGGACGUGUUCCUCAUUGUUGUUGUUUUUUGCUUUUUCCUCUCCGCCCUCUCGUCCUCUCCCCUUUUCUUAUUCCCGCCCCGACGAAAAUGCAAAUGCACUAUCGUUGUCUUCCUGUGCCUGGAGAAGAGAGUGAGACAACAUAUCCGUACGAGACCCCCUUUCACUGGUAUUUGUUGAGCAAGGGAGGUAAGUCUGCAUUGGCAUGUCUCCCCGUGCCCCUGGCCCCCUGGCCCCUCCUCCCCAUUGUCUGGACUGACACAAAGUUCCGAAAGACAAUGAACCUGAAAGAGACAUGCAAUACAGACGCUGUCAAACCUGUCAAGCUUGUUAGAUCGUUCGCAAAUCUCGGGGAGACCACGGAGAUGAACCCGGCUGGGUGGUCAAAUGGGGCACGGCUGGGAUUGGAUCGGGACCCGCUCCGCCAGCAUGACGUUCUGUUGGUAAGUUCCAUUCAAGAGGCUCAAGUAAGACGUUCUUCCUUCCCCUGCGAUGAUUGUGAUGAUGAGGGAUGA